CAUCCAAUGAUUCCAGUCGAUGCAUGGUUGCCCAUUAUUGAUCCAUUCUCUGGUUGUGAAAAUGGUCAAAUUCAUGUACUACUAGCUGUCGGUACUCAUGAACAAAUUGACAAUCUGAUCACAUUACAUAAUUUAAAAUGUACCAUUGAUGUGAAUAGUAACAAUACCUUUAUGAUGAAUACAGUAGAUCGAAACAGAAAAAGUGGUAUUGUUUUAGGCAAAGAGAUUAUGGCAACUAGUGUAAAUGGUGUAGAUUUGACAG